GAUUUUAGACUCAAUAUUAAUUGAAUCUCGAUAAAUAAAUCCUCGAAAUUUUUUCGAUGGCAGCCCACAUAAACAAACCGAAAAAACUGUCUCCCAAACUCCCAAACCUUAAACCCCCAAGAAGAAAGAAUAGAAAGGAGUGGUAAUGGUGAAAAGCUUCACUCUUCUCCAAACAGUCGGCACCGCCGGCGUAUUCUCCGCCGUCUCCUUCUGGUAUGGAUUCAUGUUUGGGAGAGAGUCUGCCCGUAAAGAGCUGGGUGAUUUAAUCGAUUCUCUUCGCCGCAACGAUCCCACUUCCUCCUCCCCUUCCCAUUCCUAGUUCUUGUAUAGUGAAGAUUUGUUCUUUUGGAAAACAUUGGCCUGAGAAGAUUUUAGUAAGCAGAGUGUACCGAUUGUAAUCGAAAGGUAUCUUAAAGUAAUUUGGACAUGUAUGUUCCGUUUAUGAUUCUGCUAUUUAAGUUCGUAAUGGAACUCCAGACGAGAAUUUGCAAUAUUGAUUUUUUACUGCUUA